AUGCUGCUUCCAAGGAUGGGCGCCAGCCAGUCGGCCAGGCAUAUCUGCUUGUUCCUUUCCGUCGUAUCUACCUUGGUCAUGUCGGUGUCCGCCGCUCCCGGAGAUGCCCUCGCUAUGAUGCCAAAUACGUUCACCACAUGUGCGAGCGCAACAGGCGCAUGGACAGUCGGCGUCAAUCAAACAAGUGGUCUCCUUACGUUUGUCAACACCAAUGGAGAUGAGUCUUUUGUUAGUAACCGCACCUUUAAAGGGUUCAGUGGAGGUCAUUGUUUGGAGUCCGGCGGCGUACUCUACUUCAUAUCCGAUUACGCCACAGGAAACCUCACCCGCAAAAACGGAGUGUACGACUGGAGCGACGAUAACUUCCCAUCAACAGGUACAGGAGACAAAAACGGAAAUCCUAUCAUUCAAAAAGACUUCACAAAAGAAACAACUACCAUCGGAACUACCGGACUCGCCAUCAACUGUGUCGCCGUCACCGAGAAGAGCAUUACUUUUUGGAAUCCCGGCGCACAAGGUUACACUGGCGUGGCCAACCUAGCCGAUCUGACUGGAAUCAGCAACGGCCCUGUUCUUAAAAAAACUGCCAUCAUUGGCGUGGCUUUGUCAGGAGACAACCUCUUUAUCCACUACAACGUUGACGCAUCAAAUCAACGACUUGCCCAAGUCAACAUUCAGUCGCAAGGCAAGCAAACCACAGCCCCGAUCGUCGUCGGUCAAGGCAUGAAGCUUGUGCCAGUGUCAGGCGGUGGCGUAGCUCUAGUCAACCUGACAAGUCCCCCCGGCAGCGCCCAAGUGACAUAUUAUAGCGACAACAUGACCCCUCGUCAAGCCAAUUACCCACUCUCCUCAAGAAAUGGUUCCAUCCCUGACGAUCUAUUUAUUCUGGACCAGAACAAUAUCCACCUUGUCACCAAAGACGGCCUUAUGCCUCCACCUACAUCGGAAGGCGGCAGGCAAACAGAUCCACCUGGAUCACCCCUUGCAACACCAGCACCCCCAAACUCGGACCCAAAUUCCAAGCCUGCCGCCAACCAUUUACCGGCCAUCAUUGGAGGCGUUGUAGGCGCAUUGGCAUUGGCCGCCAUCGUUGCAUUCCUGAUCAUUCGUCGGAAAAAGACACGGAGAGGCGGUAACAACAACACAAGUCGUUCACUUUUCAGCAAAAAGCAACAGGAUCUCUUCCCAUCCAAGGCAGACGACACUCUUGUACCUCUCGGCCUCUACAACCAGGAACGCGGUCUCCCGCCCUCACCCCAUCAGGACGACGAUCUGGAACGGAUGGGAUACAUGUCACAUCGAGGAAUGCGUUCGGCAGAUGUUCCCGAGCGAACAGCGUUCUUGAGCCAUCAUCUACACCGGAGCAGCACUCAGCCAUCCAUAGACGAGACCAUACCCGUCGAAGCCGCACUCACCCAUCACCGUCACGACAAACAUACUCCACAGGGACUUAGCCACUCGAUCUCUGUCAGUUCUGUCACCUCCAGGUUCCCCCGACACAGUGCCAAGAGCGGCAAGUUGUUUGAGGAAAAGAUUCAGCUCCAGGUCAUUCGAUACGAGGUUCCGGAUGCUCACUUGAUGGCCCCCCACGGCACGAUCGGACGCUUGGUCCUUGGCACCUACCACAUCAUCUCGGAUCCCAAGAGCGCACGGUCGCUCAAACCUCAGAGCAAGAACAAUCAGGGUCUGGCGCGUUCAGGAACAGUUGUGGUGAAAAAGAGCCGUUCAUCAAUGAUUUCAGGACGCAACUCGCCCCUUGUUGAAAUGGCCGAGGAGAGUUCGAUGCUCUUGACCGACGCCGAGAACCAGCACACGUUUGAAGGAGCGACGUUGAAGUGGUAUAUGACCGAGCUCCACUGGAAGCGCGAGGCGGCACUGUUGAAGCGUCUCAAGAGUCCAAUCUUUGUGAUGGAGUUGCUAGAGUCAUAUUGUAUCCCCGCCCUUCAGAACCGCGCCUUCACCUACCCCUUUGUCAACGCUAUGGGUGGGCGGACCAGUCUUCUUUCGGAUCUCAGUCCCGUCAAGUCUGCUCAUCAUACCCGAGCUAUCCUCCGGUCGAUCUCUGCCGCUGUUGAGUGGUGCCAUCGUCACGGAGUCGUUCAUCUUAACAUCCAGCCUGGCAGUUUCUUCCUGGAGGAUGACAUCGACCCCAGGACUGAGGAUGCUUCUUGGAAGCUGUGGGAUUUCACAUGCGCCCGGUAUAUAGGUGAGCGGAUUGGACCCUUUGGCGGCAGUGGCGAGACAGCGACACCAUCGCAGUACCACCCCCCUACCAACCCAUCCAACCCCGACUCGUUCCCUUACAUGGAUCAGCAGCAGCAUGAUCGUCAAAUGGAUCGCAUCGGUGGCAAUCCUCUCCCUGCGGCGUACACUGCCCCCGAGUUGCUCGAAGCCUGGCGCGCGGACAAUAUCAACUUCCCGGUCGAGGCCAACAUGGACACGUGGUCUCUGGGCUGUCUCUACUAUGAGAUCUUGACUGGACACCCGCUCUUCCCGACGGAGACUGAGGCCUGGGGUCUGGUGGGAGGAUGGGAGCAGACGGGACCCUGGUCGUCCAAGACCUUCCAUGCCCCUUACCCACCUUCGCCUUCUGCUGAGGGUGUCGCACCACCGACUAAUGAGUCUGAGACGAAUUCGCCGUACGAGAGGAGUCAGACUUUGGACCCCUCGGGUUCGAUUGCCAAGUUGUUGCGUGAUAUGAUGACCAUCAACCCGGAGGAGCGUGUUUCCCUCGAUACUAUCAUGGAGCGUAUCUAUUAA